AUGUCAAAUACGGCUAACUCAAUCAACAUGCCAACUACACCGAGUGCCCAAGGUUCGGGAAAUCAAAAUACUGCAACCAGCCAACAAAUCGUUAACAACUUCCGGGAGCUUAUCAAGGAUCCCAAAAGUCUGGACGAGGCUGUUAACUAUAUGUACCAAACACUAUUAGACGACGCAGUAGCCGGCAUCUUCAUUGAGACGCAUCACCUGCGCAAAACGGGAAACCUUUCGGCCCUCGACGGCGUGGCCGAGGACUCAACCUACCGCAUCUGCGAGAUGCCGAAUCUGGAUAUCUUCGGUAUCUCGACUGCCAAAAAGCCAAUGGACUGCACGUGCCCCAACUGUGAUCGGCUCGUGGCCGCCGCUCGCUUUGCUCCGCAUUUGGAAAAGUGCAUGGGAAUGGGUCGCAUAUCAUCGCGAAUCGCCUCCCGCCGCCUUGCUACCAAGGAGGGCUCCAGCGCUGCCCUUCUCCAUUCGGGAGGCAAUGCCGGAGGCACUGAUGAUGAAGACGAUGUGGAUUGGUCAUCAGACAAACGCAAAAAGAAAUCAUCUCAGAGCUCCCGCAACAAUGGCUCCAAGAAGAACAACGGAAAAACGUUUUAGUUAAGGUUUAAUCUUAAUUUUGUAUUGCCAUAGUAAAAGAAUUUCAAAUCUA